GAACAUUUGGGCUCCCAGAUCACUCUCCCUAACUCAGUCUAAAUUCCUGAAGCCUCUGCACAUGUAGUUCCUGAAGCUGUAUUAAAAUGACACCAUCUUCACCUUCAUCUUCUACUUGGGACAACCUCUUAGAUUCUCUCUCUCUCGGCACAAUAUGGAAUUGGCUACAAGCAACUUUUCUGGGAGAGACCAAUGUGCCUCAGCAAACAAAUUUGGGGCUACUAGAAAAUCUUGCUCCGGCUGUGCAAAUCGCCCUGAGGAUUUGCUUUUUAAUUUUGUUGGCAGUAGGAUUAAUUGUCUUAUGGAAACGAAGUGUUCGGUCAAUUCAGAAAAUAUUGCUGUUUAUAAUCACACUCUACCAACUUUACAAGAAGGGCUCAGAUUUUUUUCAGGCUUUGCUAGCCAACCCAGAAGGGAAUGGUCAGAAUCAAAACAGUAGUAAUUUCUUCCUGUCCUUGGGUCUGCAAGAAAAAAUUCUGAAAAAACUUCAGAUGGUGGAAAACAAAGUGAAGGACCUGGAAGGGAUGAUCCUUACCCAAAAACCUGCCACGAAGAGGGAUUGCUCCUCUGAGCCCUACUGCAGCUGCUCCGACUGCCAGAGUCCCUUGCCCACAUCAGGGUUUACCUCCACAUCUGAAAUGUGAUGAACUCCAGUUUUUUUCCAGAAAAACACUGUUUCCCUCAUGUGUGCAGUGGUGUUAUUAAUAAAGAUAGAGAACUAUAUUGAAA